AAAUAAUCAUAAUAAGUGAAUGGGUGCAUUAUAUACACAAAUAAAUUAAAGCAUAACAAUGGAAAAAAGCAUUGAAUUUUUAUGCCGGCUUUGCGCUGUUAACACUAACAUAACUGCUCUAAAUGAAUCUGUUAACAUCUUUAAAACGCCACUGUUAAAGGAAAGGAUAGAAAAGUUCUUCUACGUCACGCUUUCUGAAAACGAUCCAUUACCAAAAAAUGUAUGCAAGAAGUGCUUUCGUCAGGUGGUGUCUACUGCAGCUCUUUCCAAAAUUGCCAACCAAACGGAAGGUGUCUUUCUCGACUAUGUGAAUAACACUUUGAAGGAAAAAACUACUAUUGCCAAUGAAGUGAGCACUACUCCAGAAUUUUCACCUUUAGCUGCUGUAGUUAGCAAGGAAAGUGCAGAAAUUGAUUUAUCGGCACACGUCUCACCGCAAAAAGUGUUAAGUAUAUCUCCCACCAAUGCGCCGACAACUAGUAAUAAUAAACAAACAUUGUAUGCACCAAAGUCCAUAGCACAGCGCGCAUUUCAAGCAACCGCUAAAGGAGAUGGUACCACUAAAAAUAGAGCACCGGGUGUUCUACAAUUUCUAAAUGGAGAACCAAAGAAAUUGCCAGUUCUACAGUCAAGACCCACUCCAAUGCCUACAGAUCUAAGAAAAAAUGUUAAAAACACUAUAGAAGCAACGCUAGCUUACCAGCAACAACAGUGCAAGAAAAUCAUGUCGAAUAAUAUAAAGCAUACCAAUACUGGUCAGAUAUCACUUUUGAAAUCCUCGCAGAAACAAUACAAACCUGUAGAGAAGACAAUUAUCCCCGAAAAUACAGAAAAUGUACGCAAUGAUGAAGCUGUCAAACAAACAAAUUUGAAUACCGAAAAAACUGCUAUUUCAGAAGAUCUUUUGCUUGGUGACGUUAUCAAAGAUCCUGAUCUUUUAAGGUUAAUACUGACCGCACUUAAAUGGCCAAUCAGUGAAAAGUAUAUAGAACACCAAAUGAUACGACUUAAGCAAAGUCCAUUUCAGACAAUUAUGUCUGAUCCAAAUUUAUUAAAUGACACUGAUCUCACUAAAAUAUUAGGCUCAAUGCGUCAGCAAUUACCAUUUAAUAGUAACACCAAUGCUAUUAAUUUAUAUUCACACGAUUUAAUCGUAACUCCUCCGAAAAUAUUAACACCUAUGAAAGAUGUUAGGUCAAAAGUAGAAGUUACUAAUCCAUUACCAUACAAAUUACCACCAGAAACUUCGGUACAGCUUAUACCUGCCAGUCCUGAGGCGGAUGAUGAAGAGAAGCAAAUUUUAAACGUACCAAUUACCCACACUCGUAAACCAACCACACCAAAAAAACUUCGCAAAUGUGCCACCCCAAAAAGACGAAAUUCGUCAAUAGUCAUAUCUGAUGAAGAACUAACUCAAACUCCUUUGAUGAAGAAUGUUAUUCAUUUCAAGGAUUACGAACUAGUAUCUAUUAAACCAAGUCGACGUAAUCGUUCAAAAUCGGUGUAUAUAGAAACACCAAUUAUCAGUGAUUUGCCAUUUGACGAUGUCGUUUUAGUUGAACCGCAGCCGUUUGUAGUCGAAACAACAAACUCAUCUACAAAUAGCAUUGUAACAGAAAUGCCAGCAUUAAACUUAUCAGCUCCCAUAGUAAAACGACGACCAACCAUUAAAUACGCUGGUAAUGAGAAACCGAAAUCAACCAAAACCAGCUGCAGCUCUACUAGAUCUGUCAGUUUUGCUGGAACCAUAACUACAAAGUUUUUCACAACUUCUCCAAAUGAAAACGAAACUAAAAAUUUAAAUGAUCUCAAAGCGACAUCCUCAACAUCUGCUGCGGUGAUAGAAGUUGAUAGAGGUUCAACACUUAUUUCCUCUCCAGGAAUAACCACAACCACAACCACAACUGCAACUACUACUACUCCAACUAUGACUCUAAACAAUAACACCAAUGCCGCCCAGAAUAUUGAGCCAAUGGUUGUUGAUGUUCCAAACGAAACUGCAAGCCGUGAAGUUUUAAUUGCAGAACUUGGUGCAAAUGCGGUCAAUGAUGCAAAUCGUCAGUUGACUAGAAAAGCAUUACUAGGACAACAUUUAAUGCAAGCAAUUGGUUUACGAACUGUGAAUGAAGAUGCUGUUAGACCUGAUGGUAGAAUAGGUGCUGAUCCUAUAAGACAGUUACGUACUGCAUUAAAAAAGUCAUUAAAAGAAGCACAAUCACCGUCACGUGCUAAAAAUAAUGAAGUUGGUUUGGAAGUGAAGCCUGCAGAGAAGAAUGUUAAAAACACAACAACUAAUGUUAAUAAUAACGAAGAAACGAUCGGUUCAGUUACUUCAGUAUUGCAGAGCGAUAAUAAUGCUGUAGAACCAAAAACGAUUACAGCACGUCGUAGAAGUAUAGCAAUUCCAAGAGAACGAAAUCUAUUGCAAGACAAACAAAAUACAUCAGAAAGUAAAGUUGAAACCAAGCAGGAAAUGAAAAUGAACAUAAAUAUGGAAAAGGAUAACAAACAUGUUACACUAUUGCAGGAAGUUGACAAUUCAGUUUCAACUGAAAAGCUUAAUGAAGCUAAAGAAAUGAUUGAGAUUCAAGCUAUACCACGAAAACGGGGUAGAAAAAGUAAACUUGAAAAGGCUGCUGCAGAAAAAUUAGCUGCAGAGAAUGCUCAAGCAGCAGCAGAAUCUUUAGCUAUGGAAACUGACGAAAAUGAAGUUAAACUAUCAAUGAUUGAUUCCGAUGGGGAAGAGUACAGCGCUACAAUAUCUGAAAAUGUCAAAACUAAUAGUAAUCGUCCAACCAGAGCCAGCAAAAUUCAGUCAAAGUAUUAUAUUGAUCCAGUGAAGAGAUCAAGAACACCAUAUAAUCGCAAUACUCGCAGUACAAGAAGAAAUUAAACAACUAAAUCAAUCAAGCUUGUUUACAUAUAAAUAUAGUAUUUGACUAGCUAAGUGUACAUCAGCCCAAGGUGCUAUACUGGACACGGACUACCGUGGUGUAAAUAUUAAACAACAUCACUUUAGCACAUUGGCGUAUUUCUUUGAUCUGGAGAUGUUUUUAAUCUAUUAUGAAGUUUCAACAAAAGUCGUCAUAAGUACUCGUAAUUAUCUAUUCCAAAUUCUUAUAAUCUAUACGAAUCUGGCGAUGCAAGUAGACAAUGAUUUCAUUGAAAUUGAAAUGUAAAUGUUCAGUUUUUUAAUUUUGAUGAAAGAGAACGUUUCAGAACUCGUACCAAAUAGAACUGAAUAAAAUUUGAUUUGAUUUGUUAAAGAUUCGUGUUUUUGUUUAUUAACAAAGUUUAGAGUCCUUUGUUAAAGAACAAUAGCAAUUGAAUAAAAAAUCAGCAUGAACUGGAAAUUAUCUGGGAAACUUCAGUAGAGCAAACAUUUUUAAGAUACUAUAUUGAAAUGUACACUGAAUGCUACUUUGUAUGCAAAUAUUCAAAUUAUUUUAAUAAAAUGUUUAACUUAUAUA